AUGGGCUGGUCUCACAGCUCGCGCCGCGGUGUGCAGAAGGUUCGGAAUAGCGAUUGGCCUUUGAAGAUCGUCUUGUACGGUGUGGACUCAAAGACCUCGCUCGAGGCGCAGCUCAAUACCGGCGUGCGUUUGAUCAACAAGCAGCUCUAUGGCUGGACGUGGAACCCAGAAGGCUCGCUCGGAAUAGCGAUUGAUCUUUUCGAAAUGUCGUUCGACUGUAAACGCACGGUGGGCGGGCUGGCUUCCGAAGUCGAGGCGGCGCCACCCGACGUGCACUUUUUCGACAGUGCCCGCUCGAAUAGCGAUCGGUCUUCGAAGAAUGCUUGGACGGUACGAUCGGAUGAAGUUGUUGCACAGGCAGUAGUGGGUGGUCAAUCUCUCAAUCAAUGGCAGCCUGCAAACCUUUCUCCCGCACAGCUUAACCUCAACAACUCCCUCUAA